AUCAGCUCCUCAGCCCCGGAGCAGCAGCAGGUCCAGACAGGAGACUGAGUGUGUGUGCAGUGUGUAUAGGUGUGUAGGUGUAUAGGUGUGUGUAGGUGUAUAGGUGUGUGUGUGUGGAGGUGUGUGUGGGUGUAUAGAAGUGAUGAAGACUCUACAGAUCAUCCUCUUCCUCAUGGUCUGCUGGAAUGAUGCUCAGGUUCGAGCGAAGACUCAGGAGUUCUUCAUCGCCGCAGUGGAGACAACCUGGGACUACCUCAACACGGACAGCACCGACCCAACAGCCAAUCAGCGGAGAUUUGUAUCCGGAGUUCAGAGGUUUAAGAAGGCGGUGUUCACCGAGUUCACCGACUCCACCUUCACCACCCAGAAAUCCAAACCUCCAUGGGCCGGGAUCCAGGGUCCUACGAUCCGGGCCGUGGUGAACGACAGGGUGGUGAUCCACUUUAAAAACUUUGCCUCCCAGAACUUCAGCAUCUCCCCCAUCGGCAUCCCGUACUGGAAGCAGUCAGAAGGUGUGGGGUAUGAUGACUCCAGCUCGGUGCAGGAGCGUGAGGAUGACGCGGUUCGGCCCGGUGGUUAUUAUAAAUACGUGUGGGAUAUUCACCCAAACAGCGGCCCGACCCUCACCGACCCGGACUGCCUCACCUACUCCUACUCCUCUCAGGUGGAUCCGCUCCGGGAUUUCAACUCCGGACUCAUCGGAGCCUUCCUCAUCUGCAAAUCAGGUUCGGUGACGGAGGAGCGCGAGAGGAAGGUUGCGGAGGUGGUUCUGUUGUUCGCGGUGUUUGAUGAGGGUAAAAGUUGGUACAGAGAUCUGAGUCGAUCAGAUAAACCCAGGAAAGCUUCAAGUCGCCAGUUUCACACCAUCAACGGCUUCAUCAACUCCACACUGCCAGGUCUGAAGCUCUGUCUGAAGAGCCCAGUGGUCUCCUGGCACCUGAUUGGUCUGGGCACCACUCCAGACAUCCACACCAUCCAGUUCCAGGACCACACCCUGAAGGUGAUGGACCACAGGAGGGUCACGGUGGAGAUCACGCCCAUGACCUUCACCACGGCCCUGAUGAAGCCCAACACCGAGGGGAGGUUCCUGAUCUCCUGCAGGAUCCACUCCCACCAGCAAGCUGGUAUGAGUGGGUUCUUCACGGUGGAGGACUGCCCAGAACCCGCAGAUCUGCCCGACAAACGUAGCGCCAAAAACAGCGAGGAAGAGGAUCAACAGGGGGAUGAAGAUUACUCUAAUGACCUGUUUUCCACCAUCGUGUUCGGACCUGGAGGACCAGCUUCUGUUCUGAGGUCGACUGGAAGAGGACGACCCAAAGUCUGGGUCCAUUAUAUCAGCGCUGAGGAGAUCACCUGGAACUACAUCCCCCAGAGAGAGCGGGCGACGGCGUCGGACCCCUCAGGUAACCGGGGGCAGCGCUGGGGGAAGGUGUAUAAGAAGGUGGUUUAUGUGGAGUACACAGACAAAACCUUCACGGUGAAGAAGAGCAAGAGCGACUCUCUGAUUGGUCCAGUGCUCCGGGGGGAGGUGGAGGACCAUUUCCAGAUCGUUUUUAAGAACAAGGCGAGUCGACCGUACAACAUUUACCCCAACGGACUCGCCAAUGUCCAACCGGUGAAGAAGAGAGGGCAAGAGAAGCCGGUGGACCUGAGGUCUAUGGCCGUACCUCCAGGUGAGAUAAUGAUGUACCUGUGGAAGCUGACGGCUGAAGAUGCUCCCGCUGAUGCUGACCCGCGGUGCCUGACCCGUCUCUACCACAGCACGGUGGAUCCGGAGAGGGACGUGGCCUCUGGGCUGGUGGGACCUCUGAUCAUCUGCAAAUCACAGAGUCUGGACAAGCGAGGGAGAGUGGUGACCUCAGACAGAGAACGUCAUCUAAUCUUCUCAGUGUUUGAUGAAAAUAAAAGCUGGUAUCUUGAAGACAACAUUCAGAAAUACAGUGAAGAUCCGUCCAAGAUCGACCGCAGUGAUCCCCGGUUUCGCGAAUCUAAUGUCAAGUACAGUGUGAAUGGUUUUAUGUAUAACAGUCUGCAGUUUAAGAUAUGUGCGGGGGACGUCACCCUGUGGCACGUGGCCAGUGUGGGCAUGGAGAGUGACUUCCUGUCUGUGUAUUUUACCGGAAAUCCAUUUGAGAAGGACAAAACCUACGGCACUGUCCUCACCCUCUUCCCCAUGAGUGGAGACACCGUCACCAUUGAGAUGGAGACAGAAGGCGAGUGGGAGAUUGGAGCAUUUGAUCCAGAAUUGAAACAGCGAGGCAUGAGUGCACGAUAUUCUGUAAUUAACUGUGGGGAAAUACUCCCCGUGGUGGACAGUGAAGAUUACGAGUCCGACUUUGAGGACUACUUGGACCAGAAGUUUCCAGUCCCAAGAGGUUUCAAGCAAAGAAACCGAACAAUGGCCAUCCGGGUCUGCAAGCGACCAUCGAGGAACAGAACCAGAUUGGACGUCCAAGCAGGCCAUGAGAACGCUAUUCCGGAAGCCCUGGGGGGAAGAAACACUCUGGUGUGUGAGAUAAAAUUUGUACCGGUGGAGGAAGCCGAAGAUCUGGAUGUUCUAUCGCAGGGAGGAAUUCCGCAGGACAUUCUGGAUCAACUGGACGUGGAGAUGGGAAGAAGCUCUUCGAGACGUCAGGGGAGGGCUGUUCCAGAAGCAGAGGGAAACCAAAGUCUUCCUCGUUCCCACCAAACAAGCCUGGAAGGGUCAAAUGAGAUCGAGAUGGAAGUAGAAGAUACCUCCAUGAUGAAGGAAAACCAAAGCAUACCAAACACCAUCACGUCAUCAAUAUACGACAGCGAGGCUUCAACAAAGUCCUUCAACCGCAAGAACGAUUCUUCGAUUGACCUCUUCAAGAAGUUCAUUCAGAAAUCCACCUGGAACAUGACCACUGAACCCAACAAACAUCAGGAUGACCACCUGGAAGACUCUGAAGUAACUUCAGAACCCAAUUCUAACCUAACAGAGAGGAGUCGGCGGCAGACGUGGGGCGUUCACAAGGAAGAAGACGAAAUCGCAAUCCCAAACGAUGUUUUGAGCGAAAACGAUAUUCUGAAUGACGACGUUCAAGAGGUGGACAAGCUGGUGGAGAGCCUGAAUCUUCAGAGCUACCCCCAAAAACAGCCACCACCAAUUCCUAGCUUAACAUCUCAAGUUUCCUCAACCAACCAAACUUCCUCACUAAACCAAUCCGCCCCAAAACAGAGCUCUACGAGCAUCGACUACGACGAUUACGAAAGCGAAGGGAACGAAUCCACACUGAGCUUCAACACCUGGGACGGAAUGAACAUCAGGUCCUCCGAAUCGAAGUUCCGUAGCUACUACAUCUCAGCCGAGGAGAUCCUGUGGGAUUACGGGAUCCAGAAACCUGCCCAUCUUCUCACUUCCAGGGAGAUGAGACGAGGAAUGAAGAAGUAUCUGACAUCCUACAGGAAAGUGGUGUACAGAGCGUACCAUGACAAAGAGUUUCAGAAACCGGUGAAGCGUGGAGAGCUGGAUGAACAUCUUGGUAUCAUGGGCCCUGUAAUCAAGGCUGAGGUCAACGAUUUCCUCACUGUGGUCUUUAAGAACCUCGCCUCCAGGCCGUACUCACUGCACCUUCACGGGGUGUAUGAUAAGACCACGGGGAGUUUUGGGCCGGGAGGAGUUCCAGGAGAGGGUCUGAGAGAUGGAGAGGCUCCUGGAGACCCGGUUCCUCCGGGAGAGGAGAGAGUUUACAACUGGAGAAUCACCAAACGACAGGGACCAUCGACUAAAGACUUCGACUGCAAGGCUGGAGCUUAUUAUUCCACAGUCAACAUGGAGAAGGACAUAAACUCUGGUCUGAUUGGUCCACUGCUGAUCUGUCGUCCAGGGACGCUGCAUCCACGGGUCCUGCUGCAGCCCGGAGUUCAGGACCUGUUCCUGCUCUUCACCAUAUUCGACGAGAGGAAGAGCUGGUACCUCGACUACAAUAUCAGGAAGUUCUGCACGCCACCCUGCCAGGCCAAACAGGACGACCCUUGGUUUGAGACCAACAACAGAUUUGCAGCCAUAAACGGAUAUGUUGCAGAGACUCUGCCCGGCCUGGAGGUGGCGCAGCACCAGACCUCUCGCUGGCACCUGCUGAAUGUGGGCAGCGGAGGAGAAUUCCACGCCGUCCACUUCCAUGGAAUUCCGUUCAGCGUUGGGAAAGAUCAGGAACAUCGGCUGGGAGUUUUUAACCUUUAUCCUGGUGUGUUCGGCACGGUGGAGAUGAGGCCGGCUAUAGUUGGUACCUGGAUGGUGGAGUGCACUAUUGGAGAACACCAGCUGUCCGGCAUGAGGGCCAAACUGCUCGUCUACAACCCACGUUGUGUUCAGCCGUUGGGAAUGCAGUCAGGAUGGAUAGAUGACGACCAAAUCACUGAAUCUGAUCAUUAUGGUAACUGGGAGGCGAGAUUAGCCAGACUGGAGUUAUCAGGAUCUAUUAAUGCUUGGAUUGGUAAUGGACAGGGCUCUUGGAUGCAGGUGGAUUUGCUGAGGCCCAUGGUGGUGCACGGGAUCCAGACUCAGGGAGUGAAGACCUCGAUGCGUCUGAGCGAGAUGUUCACGGUGAUUUUCACCAUCAGCUACAGUCUGGACCAGGAAACCUGGAAAACCUACAGAGGAAACAGCAGUGAAGCCGCCUACAAAUUUAAUGGGAAUAUGGACGGAUACAGGAUAAAGGACAACUUCUUCAAUCCUCCAAUCAUCGGCCGAUAUAUCCGCAUUCACCCGCUCACCUUCGGGACUCGUCCCGCACUGAGACUCGAACUGCUGGGCUGCGACCUCAACAGCUGUUCCCUGCCGUUGGGUAUGGAGCGUAGGCUAAUUCAGAACAGCCGGAUCAGCGCCUCGUCCUUCCACCAGAACUGGAUGCUCUCCUGGAGUCCGGAUCUGGCCCGGCUCAAGCAGGAGGGUCGUGCCAACGCCUGGAGACCCAAGAGUAAUAACCCUCAUGAGUGGCUGCAGGUGGAUUUGGAGGUGGUGAAGAGAGUGACGGGUAUUCUGACCCAGGGAGCAAAAUCCAUGCUGACCCACAUGAUGGUGACGGAGUUCACCGUGUCCGUUAGUGACGACGGUCGCACCUGGUCCCCCGUCACCGAGCAGGGAACACAUCGAGAACAGAUCUUUGAGGGGAACAGUGAUGCUUAUGCAGAGAAGCUGAACCUGCUGGAGCCGCCGCUCUUCACCCGAUUCAUCCGCCUCCAUCCUAAAGGCUGGAUCAACGACAUCGCCCUCAGACUGGAGUUCCUGGGCUGUGAUACACAACAGAGACUGUGAGAGAGAGAGAGAGAGAGAGAGAGAGAGAGAGAGAGUCAUUGACACUGAAUGUAAACGAUUCUUUUAGUUGUCUUUAGAAAAACUAGUAAAACUUCACUCAUCAUUAUUAAAACUGUGAAGAAAUCGAUCUGCUCAUGAAGUUAUAAUAAAGCUGAAGGGUAUAAUGAAGGGUAUAAUAAAGCUCAGCGCAUCAGUAUCGGCCAGUAUUUCUCUAUAGUAAAGUAACUAUGUGUAAAUAAUGCAGCUACUACUGAGACUGUUUUUAAAACUGUAGAUUUGAGAGUUUGCACUG